CUGUUAUAUUUGUAUCGUAAAAUCAUUUUUUUUUUUUUUGAAUUGUCUUCUAAUCUUAUAAACUCACAUGUACAAGCAUGUAUGGAUGUAAAUUCUACAUUUUUUGCAUUUCAAACAUGCCGAAUGUGUACAUGUUUCAUCAGUUUUUAUAAUAUGGUGCUUUUGUAAAAGAUUAGAUAAUAAUUUUUUAAUUAUAGGUAUAAUUCAAAUUCACGCGCGCAUAAUCAGAUUAUAUUAGAAAAUAACAUUUGAUAAUGGUGUGAUGAGAGGGUCUGCGCGCGCAGUGUGCCAAGCUGCAACGAGACGCUCGUGAUGUUUGGUCUUCAUCAAUUUUGGGAGAUGUGCAUCAUCCCCAUAUUAUACUCUCCCCCUCCAUCAAAACAACCGAGUAGGUAUUGACGCCAUACUUGAGCGUCUCCAUAUUUGCCCACUCAUCGUCGUUGCCGUUGUUUUUUCCGUCUACCCAUCGACCGUCUAUUGAACAUUUCUUCUAGUACUUCACUAUAACUUCACUUAAAUUACUUCAAAACUUAAUGUUCGAACUAAAUGUAAUGUUAUUUUUACAUUGGCUAAUAACCUUUUAGCUUUUAUCACCGUUUGAAUUACACAUUUUCUUUCAGCUGGAUAAAUAACAAAUAUAUUGCGGAUCGAAAGAAAACAAUAACAAUUUACAAGAAUAUCUUAUAGUGAAAAAGUGGCUGUAAACUAGAUAAUAAGCAAUCAUAUUCUACAUUUACCAGGUAAAAUAUUAUCAUUUAAUUAACUUACAUUAUUUAAUAACUUAAAUAUUAACUAAGUACACCCUGAAUCAGGUUCGUGUGCAAGAGGGGCCUAUUUGCCCACUCGUUAGCGACGUCGUUGCCGUUGUUUUUUCGUCUAUCCAUUGACGUUUAAUUAAAAAUUUCUUCAAGUACUUCAGUAUUUAACACUUUAAUUACUUCAAAUAUUAAGGUCCAAGAGUUUGAUGGUGAUGAACAUGUCAAAUUGAAAACGAUUUAUUUCACAUCAACAGUUAAAUUGAUAUGAAUAGACACAUGAAUCUAACAUCAAACAUUCAUUAUUAACGUCACAAAUGCAAUAAGAAGUUGACAAUAGACAUAUUUAUAUUUAAACUUUGAGAGUUACAUGUAAUUUUUAUUAUUAAUCAUUUUAAGGUAAUAUCUAAAAAAAAAAAAUCUCAAAAUCAGAUUGAUUUUUGGAAUUAUAAUCGUUUUGUGCUAAAUAUACCCAAACAUUACAACACAAUAACAAUAAUAAUUAAUUUUCUGCAAUGGAAUCCAUUUAUGUAAAUAUGGAUUUACCAAUUUUAACACCUACUGAUAUUGAAGACAAAUCAAUUUCUGAUGCAUAUUAUCAACUAUGCCAACGUAACAUCACUACAGAUAAUGAGUUAAAUCACCAUAGUAAGCCUGACGAAUCAGGACUUUUACGGUAUGGUUGUCAAUACUGUACAGAAGAAAGAUUUAGUUCUCAACAACAAUUGGAUUUACAUGAGCGCACACAUGAACCAUAUAUUCGUUAUGAAUGUCCUAAAUGCAAAAAGCUGUUCAAAAAAGAAAUAAAAUUAUUUAAACAUUGGGAAUCACACACCGAUAGACGAAGAUUCAGGUGCAAUAUAUGUGAAAAAAAUUGUUUAUUAUUUAGCACUUUAAGAAAACAUCUGAUAAAACGUCAUGAUCAGACUGAUUUUUCAAAUCGUAUUCGUUAUGAGCUAAGUCUACCACAGCAUUACAAAAAAGUAUUAGUGACUGAUGAUGCUGAUAAUUCGUCUGAUUCAUCUGAUAAAAAGUGUAAUUUUUUAAAAAAGUAUGAAGAAUUUAUAGCCGCUACGCAGUAUAGUUGUCAAUACUGUACAGACCGCUUUACUCAUCAAGAUCAAUUAGAUAUACAUGAGCGCGGACAUCAACGUUCAACCGCUAUAGGUAAUGAAUUGGAUCAUUGUAGUAAGCCUGAAGAAUCAAGAGCUUUACAGUACUGUUGUCCAUUCUGUACAAAACGAUUUAGUUCUCAAAAGCGAUUUGAUCUACAUGAACGUACAUAUGAAAAAUACAUUCGUUAUCAGUGUCCCAAAUGCAAUGAUCUGUUCAACGAAGAAUUAAUCUUAAUUAAACAUCAUGAAUUACACGACAUUAAAGAAGAAUAUAUAUGCGAAGUAUGUGAUGAAAGACUUCAAUCAGUUAACAUUUUAAACCAUCAUCUGCAAAUGCGUCAUAAUCGAAUUGAUUUUAUGAAUUGUAGUCAUCAUGAACGAAAUAUAACAUCUAGUUACAAAAUAGUACUAGUCCCUAGUGAUUCAUCUGAUUCAAUAGAACCCAUUAUAAAGGACAUGAGUUCACCCAUUUCAAACCCCAUUUCUGAGGAUCCAAACAAACAAACUUCUGACGAUUCACAUAGUAAGCCUGGUGAAUCAAAAACCCUACAUUAUUGUUGUCCAUUAUGUAUAGAACAAUUUAGUUCUCAAGAGCAAUUUGAUCUACAUGAGCGCACACAUGAACCAUACAUUCGUUAUCAAUGUUCCAAAUGCAAUAAGCUGUUCAAAAAAGAAUCAAACUUCUCAAAACAUUAUACAUCGCAUAUCGGUAAACUAAAUUAUGUGUGUAUAAUAUGUAAAAAAAAAUUCUUAUAUCUAAACAAUUUAAAGUCCCAUUUACAUAAACAUCAUGUUUUAGUUAAACAUUCGAAGUGAAGUCGAUAUACUCGUUUAUCAAGUCAAUUAAAAUACUACAAUAAAGUACUACCUACUAAUG